AUGUCUGCGGCCGUACGAAGAUAUGGCGCGAGCAUAAAGGGUCUACUUAGACCGCUACCCGUCCCGGACCGCUUCUUCCGCCAGAUACAGAUGGACUUUAUUACGGACCUACCCCUAGCGAACGGUAACCGCUGCCUCUGGGUUAUCAAGGACCGGCUAAGUAAGGAAGUUAUACUCGAACCGAUGCCAACGAUGGAAGCGGAAGCAUGUGCAGAGCGUUUUCUAUGGUGCUUCGCCCGCUACCACUGGUGGCCCGACGCUAUAACGAGCGAUAGGGGCUCGAAUUGGGUAGGCCGCUUUUGGAGGCACCUGUGCAAGUUACUUGGGAUCGAUCAGCAGCUAAGCACGGCGUACCACCCCCAAACUGACGGAGGCCCUGAGAGGAUGAACCAAGAAGUACAGGCAUACCUCCGCGCCGUGAUUAACCAGAACCAGAACGACUGGGAUAAAUGGGUUCCCGCGGCUCAGAUGGCGUUAAACGGUCGGGUCAAUACCUCUAUAGGGAUGUCCCCAUUCUUCGCUAUACACGGCUAUGAGCCGAAGUCACCAGUUCCCCUCGUUACGGAAGCAUAUGCGGAAGAGUAUCCUCAGCAUUCGCCAGAAAGCAGGGCAAAGAAAUUUGUUGCCAAACUACAACAGAUUACGGACCUCUGCCAAGCAUCAAUGGCGACAGCUACGCAGCAACAAGAACGCUUCGCUAACAGAAGACGAAACGCGGCGGAACGCUUCGAAGUAGGCGAUAAGGUUUGGCUUGACUUGCGGAACUACGCGUCAGAGCGACCUAAGAAGAAGUUCGACUGGCUGCACGCUAAGUAUACGAUAAGCAAGGUACUCGACCCGUACACGGUUGAACUAGCAGACCUCCCGAGGGCUGCUAUAAUAGGUUCCACGUCGACCAACUCCGGAGAGCGGGGACGGACCCAAUGCCUGGUCAGCAACGCACAGACGCUCAACCCCAUCCAUCCAAACCCGACCUGGACCUCUUUAGACAAUAUGCAACAGACAGCGGCCUUGGAUAGGUACGAACAGAGAUACGGCCCGGCUCUCGAGAACGAUGGACCAUACCAGUACCGACGAGUGGCAACGGAAGCGCAGCCGGCCCAAAUCCAGGGGCAAGUCGAAGGAAUACAACCACAGCUGCAGAUACAGGGCAAGAGAAUACGCGGACCACUACGGGCUAGGACUAAUGGCGACGCCCCGUCGAUAGUAACGGCACCAGACCGUAUAGACGACGGCCCUACGAUCGUUGUAGGGGAUCAGCAGCAGGAAAAGGGCACCAGCGCCAGAGAGAAGUAG